AUGUCCGGCCAGAAGUGCGUGCGUUGCCAGAAGACCGCCUACCCGCUGGAGUCGGUGCAGGUCAACGAGAACCGCUGGCACAAGAUCUGCUUCAAGUGCGUGACCUGCAAGGUCCAGCUGAACGUCAAGACCUUCUUCUACCGCGAGGGCGGCGCCUACUGCGAGAAGUGCGGCAGCGCUCGCUUCGACAAGAACGCACAGACCGCCGAGACGAUGGAGACCAAGAACGUGAAGGAGAAGCCCAAGGUCUCUCUCGUGAACGAGCAGUUCAAGGGUGAGCUCGUGGGCCAGAAGUCGAGCGAAGACGCCACGUCCCUUCACAUCGCCAACCGAGUGCAGGCCCACGAGCUCGCCACCGACGUCAACAUGGUCAACGAGCAAGUGCGCGGCGAGCUGGCUGGCCACAAGACGGCAAUCGACGCUGGUUCCAUCUCCAUCUCGAGGCCGCUCGAGAACUCGUCCCUCAUCAAGGAGACCAAGCUCGUGAACGAGCAGAUCCGAGGCGCUGGUGCCGGCCAGCAGUCCAACCAGGUCGCCCAGGCCGCCGCCGUCAGCGGCGUGUAG